GGGGAAUAAUAUCCAGGCUGUCCCGAUCAGGAAUAGCUCUCAAUCCUCCACUUGGUAUCGGAAGGGUACCGUCGGAAGGGUUUCCGUCUUUCAAUCUCCAUCAUUCAAUCCACUUCCCGAUAUUCGCCCCGACGUCUGUCUCUACAAGAGCCGUUGACCACUUCCUGCCUCGGGAUGGGUCUGGCCAUUUUCGUCUUAGUUUUGGAGGGACCAAGGAAGCCCAAAUGAUUGAUCAUUCAAACUCCUUGAAGUGGCUGUAGUGAUAGACUAGAACUGUCUGAAACUUCUUUGACUUCUACACUCCUGCUACGUUUUACUUCCAAGUCGCAUAUACACGGGUAUAUAAAAAGGAAGGUUAUGUGCCCGCGCUAUUACUUUUCCAGACGCUAUUAAACUUACUACGGAAAAUCCGUCAUUCGCCAACUUCCGUAAAUCUUGUCGGUGGUCUCGCCAUCAGCCGUCUCGUCGCUCCUCCUUCGUCCUGCUCUACAUGGCAUGUUUUUUUCGCCAUAAGUAAUCCCUCUCCAAUGGAUGAGGGCCCCGAUCCAAGAGCUCCUCGGCGCAAGAGGGUCUCCAGAGCCUGUGACAGGUGUCGCAGUAAAAAGGACAAAUGCGACGGCCUGCGUCCCGCUUGCUCCGCGUGCCAGGCUUCGGGCCAAACGUGCUCAUACGAUCCUCAUGCAAAGAAGCGCGGACUUCCUGAAGGUUAUGUUCGGGGUCUGGAAAAGCUCUGGGCUCUUUCGAUAUGUAACAUUGAGGGCUUUGAGGACACAAUGCUCUCACUGUUGGGGACUACAGCCGAGUCGGCAGGCCGGAGAGAUAGGCUUAUGCAUCUCUGGGGCGAUGAUGGCGCAUCGGAAACACUCCAUGAAUCCUGGAAGACGAGCCGCCUCUAUGGCGCUCUUGAAAAAAUGUUGUCCAGUUCCGAUACGCUGACGUUACAAGGUUCCGGCAAGCGUCCGCGAGAGGAACAAGAAGCUUCGGGAAAUGAAUGGGGGUUUCGCAUAGAUCGCGGCCCAAACCCUCUACCUUCUGAUGGCCCCCGUGUUGUGGAGCCCUCUGCUUCUUCGCCUCGCGCUAAAAGAGCUCGAUUAGCUCCUCCAACUGCUAGUCAAUCUUCCUCUCUUACCACUACCAAUGGAUGUCCUGACUUACAACUACCACCUCAAACCUCGCAAUUGCUGGACGUGUAUUUUGCUGUCACCCACUCCUGGUUUCCGAUCGUAGCAAAACACAAUAUCCUCCGGGCAUCCUACCUCUACGCAACAGCGCCGGUGUCCAUUACACAGGCGGUCCCAGGAUCUGGCGACCAUGCUGCGCUGUGGGCCCUCAUCAGUUAUACAACUUCGCAAUCACAGACAAACCCACAGAAUAGAUCAACCAAGCUGCUUGCUAAAACAAAGGAGUAUUAUGCGGUUGCCUGGCGCUUGAUUCCUUCAGAAGUGGAGCACUAUGAGCUAGGGCAUGUGCAGGCACUUCUCCUGCUGGUGUUGGUGAACAUCGGACUCGAGAAAUGGACUGCCGCCUGGCUCCUGACGGGUCAGGCAGUCCGCAUGGCUAUUUCCAUGGGCCUUAACACAACUACAGACGUUCGACGAUCUGAUGAAUUGAGGCAAGGCAAAGCAGUCUUUCUUGGGUGCUUUGUUAUCGACUCCUUGUUAUCAUUUCGUCUGUCCCGAAGACCUUACAUGCAGUCACGGGACCUUGCCACUGUGGGCUUGUUAGAAGAAGAUGGCUUGGAAGAAUGGAACUCAUGGUCGGAUGUUCUACCGCCCACCGGAGUAGGGCAAGCGAAGAAUCCCCCCCGGCGUGGUCCUCUUCUCGCCCUAAGUUGCUUCAACCGCCUAGUUGAGCUGGCUAGUGUAUUGAACAAGAUUGCUCAAGAUACUGCAGUCCGACAUAACACACACGCUUUUUCGCAGCAGUUAGUGAUGGAGCUCAAACAAUGGGACGAUCGCCUACCGCUUGGUUGCCGGCUUAUUGGCCCCGAAAGUAUCUAUCCAGAACGGCACUCGGCUUUGCUCCCGCAUCAGACAUACUUGGGUUUAACCUACAUAGCCACACUUUUAUGGCUUUAUUUGCGCAUUGCUCCCCAAGAACUCGGACUGCACCGUGCCCAACGGCCUGCUAUUGAGGGGGCGAAGAAACUACUAUAUAGAGUUCUACCAAUGAUAUCACAGCAUCUUGAUAACUUUCGUAUAUGCGGCCUGCCGCCAAUUUUCGAGGUUUCCUUGCAUACAAUUUCCAAACAGGCAUUUACAUUGCGCGAUAAUGUCGAGUCCGACACUUUCCCCUUCGAACGAUGGGCUGAAGCUCUUCUUCAGCGGACGAAAGAGCUCUCCCCCUCUUGGCCCGUUUAUCGUUCAUUGACUGCAAAUAUUGAACAAUGGUGUCAGUCCAAGGAGUUUUCAGCGUAUUCGCCGGCCACUUUUCAAAGACCAGGAGACAAUUUACCGACAGUUGCCCUCGAUGGGCCUACCAACUCAUAUGCCCCCGAUAUCACAGAAGGUUAUCGAGGUACAAAUAGCGAGACAUCAAUACAACGCGUCAGGGCGAACCCCUCACACAUGAUGGAUUACGACUAUACCUCUUCCAUUCUGGGCAUCAGUAUUCCAGUGGAUGGGCAAUAUAUGACGCCGAAGGACACGGAAAUGGAGAGUACGGACCCCUCGAGCGAUGUGCCGCUUCAAUCCCAGUACCAGCAGAUGAACCAAGCGACGGCGCUUCCAGAGAAGUCCAAUCCUUCGAAUAACCUCGAUGCGCUACUUCCACCUGCACAUCAGAAUCCACCCACACCCGACUCCUCGGUAUCGAACACAAUGUCCGGUAUGAACCCUAUCAAUGAUCAUUCUAUAUCUUCCGCAAACACGAUGGACCUUAACGCCGGAACUUCGGGUAGCCCCGAGCGCCAAAUCCCAACUAGCGACCUAGAUUCUAUCUUCAAAGAUCUGGCAUAUCUCGAUACCACUGAAUGGGCCACCAGUCGCGAAGCGGGCUUGAAAGAUUUUGGCUUCCUCGAUGACUCUACGUUCCAGGCCUUCUGCCACGAUCCGGAUCGUCUUGCGGGCUCUCAACCUUUAGUUCACCCCCCUUCGAUCGCAGAUAUUUGGCCUCCGCCGGGUUUCUUCCCAGAGACGUUUCAGGAAACCUCCGAAGAUGCGAUGGAAAGUUAAGACCUCGGGCUCUCUUUGUCAUGGUGGGUAAAUAAGUCUCCUAGGAGCGGGUUUCCCUCCCAUCUUCAUCUCCGCCUUGACCGAGGCGUGUCAGUGUUGCUCAUCUUCUUUCCUAACACAACGGCUGCAACCUACGACAUCGUUUCCUAGUUUCCUAGUAUAAUCUCAAGAUACCCAUUGGUUAGUGUCUCGUCGUUUCUCAUUGUCCUAGUUAUAGCAACAUACUCAUUCAUUAUUCGGCUUAUAUAGUGUAGACCCAAAACCCUGAUACUCUGUAUUGCAAGCAACAUAACAUGUGACUGUCAUAGACGUGCCUAUAGUGGGAUUUGCGACAAACUCAGAAAUUUGCUCUUACAUUAAAGCAGGGUUCGUUGAGAUCCGGAUUGGCAUGGCCUGUAUGCACCCCAAGCAGUCCUGCCCAUUCAGGUUGUAUCAUGAAGAUGGUCCAUGUUUAGGAACAUAAAGUAGAAGAGGCACCAUUGAUCUCAGGUGUAUAUUACAAAAAUCGCCGGAUGAAAACUGCAAGCAGCGCGGGUCUCG